AAUAGCGCCGCGCUUAAACCUCAAAAACCUAACCUGACUUCACCGCCUCUUCUCAAGUCUCUACUCGACUGCCUUUGCUUUUGUACUCUUCGGAUGCUCUCUCAUCUCAUAUUUCACUUCUUAGUCGGAUUGACUAAAAUCGGAGCCAGCUUUACUGCUUAGGGUUUCGACAUGGUUGAAGCUUAUUAUUACAGGAACAGCUCAAUUGAUUGGAAGCCAUCACCAGUAGUAGCCCUAGCCACCAGCGUCGACGACUCACAGGUUGCCGCAGCUCGCGAGGACGGAUCUCUUGAGAUUUGGCUCGUCUCACCCGGCUCCGUCGGCUGGCACUGUCAGCUGAAGGUUCAUGGGGAUCCUGAUUUAAGAGUCUCGUCGCUUGUGUGGUGUCGGGGUGGCUCAAAGGACUUGCCCUGUGGUCGGCUGUUAUCGUCUAGCAUUGAUGGCUCAGUUUCCGAGUGGGAUAUUUCCCUCCUCAAGCAGAAGACUCUCUUAGAGUCAACUGGUGUGUCAAUAUGGCAGAUGUCUGUGGCACCCUGUAAUCAAAAUGCAGAGCCGGGGUCGCAGCAUAUAGGAAAUGGAUAUCUAAGUAAUAAUUUAAAUAACGAAAGUCAUCACGAAGGUAGUGAUAGUGAAGAUGAUUCAGAUUCUGCUGAGCUUCAUGUGCAAUCAGUUAUUAAGAAUCCACGGGUAGCUUUAGCUUGUGAUGAUGGCUGUGUGCGAAUAUACAGUGUUAUUGAAGAUGAGCUUGUUUACACUAAAACGUUGCCCAGGGUCAGUGGACGAAUUUUAUGCGUGACAUGGAGUCCUGAUGCCAAAAGGAUAUUUGCGGGAAGCAGUGAUGGGUUUAUAAGAUGCUGGAAUCCAAUAUUGGGUCAUGAAAUUUAUAGGAUUACAGUUGGACUAGGAGGUUUGGGCAGCGGACCCGAGCUUUGUGUGUGGUCGUUACUUUCUUUGAGGUCCGGGACACUUGUAAGUGCAGAUAGUACUGGUAGUGUGCAAUUUUGGGAUAGUAAGCAUGGAACUCUGUUGCAGGCGCAUUCAUGUCACAAAGGUGAUGUGAAUGCACUGGCUGCUGCUCCAGGACAUAACAGGGUGUUUUCUGCAGGUUCGGAUGGUCAGGUUAUUCUUUAUAAGCUCUCAAGCAAGACAACAGAAUCCGCUGAUGGUGAUUCUUCUAAUGUAAUGAAGAAAUGGAUCUAUGUUGGUUAUGUAAGAGCUCAUUCUCAUGACGUUAGGGCUUUGACAGUGGCUGUGCCUAUCAGUCGAGAAGAUCCGUUGCCAGAUCAAGAUGUGAAAAAACUUCGACGUAAGGAAAAGCCUGUUGACUUUAGUUAUCAUAAGUGGGCACAUUUGGGUGUUCCCAUGCUUAUAUCCGCCGGUGAUGACACUAAGCUCUAUGCCUACUCGGCUAAGGAAUUCACAAUGUUUGCUCCACAUGAUAUUUGUCCUGCACCUCAGACAGUACCUAUUCAGCUGGUAGUAAAUACAGUAUUCAAUCAAUCGUCAUUACUUCUUGUCCAGGCUGCUUGUUGGUUGGAUAUAUGCUGUGUUCGAACAAAAUAUGGUGCGCUUCCUGAUAUGGCUUAUGGUCCUUCUGGAGGCCUAGUGACUACAGAUCUGCUUGCUCGAAUUAAGAGUAAGGGAUCUCGGAGAAUAAUUUGUAGCACCAUUUCUAAUUCAGGGAUGCUUUUUGCUUAUUCUGACCAUGUGAAACCUAGCCUUUUCGAACUGAAGCGUAAGGUUGGUAAAAGUGGUUGGACUGUGGAUAAAAAACAUCUUCCUCGAAAGCUACCCUCUGCCCAUUCCAUGGUUUUCAGUUUUGAUUCUUCUCAGUUGAUGAUAGCUGGGCAUGAUAGAAAAAUUUAUGUUGUCGGUGUAGCCAACUCAGAAAUAAUAAAUGUAUUCACACCUUGCAAUGAGCUACAUGAUGAAGAAUUACCACCUAGUGAGCCUCCCAUUACUAAAAUGUUUACCAGUUCUGAUGGGCAGUGGUUAGCUGCCAUCAACUGCUUUGGAGAUGUAUAUAUUUUCAAUCUGGAGAUAACGAGACAGCACUGGUUCAUAGCAAGACUAGAUGGUGCCUCUAUUACAGCUGGGGGUUUUCCUCCACGUAAUAAUAACGUGCUUAUAGUCACAACUUCUUCAAAUCAAGUCUAUGCAUUAGAUGUGGAGGAGAAGAAAUUGGGGGAUUGGUCCAGGCGAAAUUCACAUGUUCUCCCUCGAAGAUUCCAGGAAUUUCCCGGGGAAGUCAUUGGUCUCUGUUUCCCACCCUCGAAUUCACCGACUGUGAUUGUUUAUAGUGCCAGGGCACUUUGCCGGAUUGACUUUGGGUUGCCCGUGGAUCAAGAGGAUGAAAGUGGGAUAGCAAAUGGACAGGAUGGACCAGUAAAGAGUUUAGGUCCUCCCAAUGGGAGUUUGAAACGUAAAUUAAGAGACUACCAAACGAAACUCCUUGGUAGAAAGAAUUUUGACUUUGUUAGUUUCAGAGACCCUGUUUUAUUUAUUGGACCCCUUUCAAAUAAUUCUAUGUUGAUCAUAGACAAACCUUGGAUGGAAGUGGUUAAAAACCUUGAUGCUCCACCUAUACACAGACACAUUUUUGGGACAUAAACCACUCGUCGAUGACACUGUUUACAGUCUUUGAGUGAGACGCAGAAUUCGGCGUAGUCAAACCCUUCCUCUAUUCUUGCUGGAUGUCAACACUAGGGGUCCUGUGCCAUGGGUUCUGAAGCAUGUCAAGUACUGUAAUCUAUCAAAAUUUUCCCCAUAACCAAUAUCAGAGAAAUUUUGCUGUUC